UCCAACGUAUCGGGCGUUGAUCAAGAGACGAAGCAUAUCGCGGGGUCAUUGCGUAUGUGCAACUCUUUUUCAUGUUGCGCAUUCGUUAGCUCGAACUCUUCCUCGUUCAGCUUCUUGUAGGUACGGUACGUUAAAUUAACAUUGUUAUUGCAAGUUUUCUUCGAUACGUAAGUGAGGAAGCACAAUUAAACCAAACUGUACCCGCUCAACGAGAAAGCAUCGAAUCAAGAGAUCGAAAGACCCACACAUCUGCCAAAAUAAACUGCGUCAGUUGUCCAUGUAUAGUGUAACAAUCAACCAAAGUGCGUGAACCUAGUGUGCACUAAAAAUUGGUGAUAAAACGUGCAUAUAACACUCACACGAUAAAACGAGUGAUUGUUAGUAAAAGCAACAGUGCAAGUCUCUCGUCAUACACUUAGGUACAUAGGUGUACCGAAAUCUCAGAGUGGCGUGUUUUUUUGCUGCACAUUACUUAUCGCCUAGUCUUCCUCUUUCACGUACAAUAGCCAGUCUCAAGUACUUACCUGUGCAGGGUACAUGAUACGCGUAGUAAAAGUGGCAUUUAAAUAUAUAUUUCAAACUCAGCGUGUGUUGUUCAGUGUUAAUAUGAGAAAAAAUGCCGAGUAAGCAAGCGAGCGCAUUACAAUGGCCUUUCCUUCGUCCGUCGUCUUCGUCGUGAGCUUAUAACCUCGAUAUCGCACACACAGACACACGUAACUGUGUAUAUAUACUCUUGCUCAAUCUAGUAAAGUAUGUAACUCCAGUUUACCUUCUCCCAUCAUUAGCCCUCGAGCUCCAAAGUGUGUUCUGUUCCGCCUCUCUCGGCUUAUAUAUCCCGUACUCUACCUAAAUUGUGAUUUAUUAGUGAAAAUAGGUGCAUACGUAAUACAAGUACCCAGGUGAUAUGUCCGUCUCUACGCCAACGUGUAACGUACAUACGUAUACACAAAAUCGGGCUAUUUAAUACACUAUUAAAAUCAUACAAGUUUCAAUCAUUAGCCAGUAGCAGUAAAACGGAGCACAUCCAUCGAAGUAUCUAGUGCGUGUAUAUGUGUGUUCGGUUUGAAGAAAAGGUGUGACUAUUGUGGCGGUGUCGGGGUGCUGUGUGCCGAUACAUCUUCCUUUACCAAUACAUCAUCGACAACGAGUGUGUGAAAGAAAGAACUAUCAGCUGCGACAGCAUAAGGGAUAUUAAAUUCACCACGAGGUGUAGAGAAUAGGAGGAUAAGGAAGCGCAAGGGAGAAAGGAGCAGCAGCUCGGCGUGUGGCUGUUCCUGUGGCUGCUCCUCCGUCGUCGGCCUGAGCUGCUGCCGCCGAAGCCGAGACAGCAACAACGGCACGCAGGAUCGCAAGUCGACGACGACGUCGACGAGCACUGUGAGCAGCGCCCUGCGAGCGGAAGCAGAGCUGGACGGCGCUAUGAUCAACAUGGAGACGGACAAGAUGAUCGAGGACGAAAACAGGCCGUCCAGUGUGCAGAUCGUACAGUACCCAAUGACGAUGGUCUACGACACGACGAGGAAAAAAGAGCCACCGUCCGGGAUAUCCGUACAGUUCGGCCGCGAGCAGGACCAAUGUAUGAAAUACUUCGAGAAGUGGAGUGAACCAGAGCAAGUGCACUUUGUCGAGCAGCUGUUGGCUCGCAUGUGCCACUAUCAGCACGGCCACAUCAAUGCCUACCUCAAGCCCAUGCUGCAGCGCAACUUCAUAUCGCUACUGCCGAAAAAGGGCCUCGACCACAUAGCGGAGGGCAUUCUCUCCUACUUGGACAACGAGUCGCUGGCCGCGGCUGAGCUGGUCUGCAAAGAAUGGCACCGCGUCAUCAGCGAGGGUAUGCUCUGGAAAAAGCUCAUCGAGCGCAAGGUCCGCACCGACUCGGUCUGGCGCGGUCUCGCCGAGAGGAGAGGAUGGAUCAAGUACCUGUUCAAACCGCGUCCGAACGAGAGCCACCCGAACCACACGUUCUACCGGGAUCUAUUCCCAAAGAUAACGCGCGACAUCAAGAGCAUCGACAACAACUGGCGCAACGGGAUCUUCAAUCUCCAGCGAAUAAACUGCCGUAGCGAAAACUCGAAGGGUGUCUACUGCCUCCAGUACGACGAUAACAAGAUAGUAUCGGGUCUUCGCGACAACACCAUAAAAAUCUGGGACCGGAAUACCCUCCAGUGCACCAAAGUCCUCACGGGGCACACAGGCUCGGUUCUCUGCUUACAAUACGACGACAAGGCCAUCAUUUCCGGCUCGUCGGACAGUACCGUGCGUGUCUGGGAUGCCAAUUCUGGCGAGAUGGUCAACACCCUCAUACACCACUGCGAGGCUGUUUUACAUUUGAGAUUCAACAACGGCAUGAUGGUCACCUGCUCGAAGGAUCGUUCGAUAGCAGUGUGGGACAUGACGUCCCAGACCGAAAUAGCUUUGCGACGCGUGCUGGUGGGCCACCGAGCGGCUGUGAACGUGGUGGACUUUGACGAGAAGUACAUAGUGUCAGCCAGUGGUGACCGAACCAUCAAAGUCUGGAACACGUCGACCUGCGAGUUUGUGCGCACAUUGAGCGGCCAUAAGCGUGGUAUCGCUUGUCUCCAGUAUAGGGAUCGGCUCGUGGUCAGCGGCAGUAGCGACAACACCAUCAGACUCUGGGACAUCGAGUGCGGCGCUUGUCUGCGCGUUCUCGAGGGCCACGAAGAGCUUGUUCGAUGCAUUAGGUUUGAUAGCAAGCACAUUGUCAGUGGUGCAUACGAUGGUAAAAUCAAGGUGUGGGACUUGGUGCAAGCAUUGGAUCCUCGAUCGGUUGCCACCAGUCUGUGUUUGCGAACUCUAGUGGAGCAUACCGGUCGCGUUUUCAGACUUCAGUUCGACGAAUUCCAAAUCGUCUCAUCCUCACACGAUGACACAAUCCUUAUUUGGGAUUUCCUAAAUAUCAAUCAGGAUGGCUCGAGUAGCGAGACUAGCAGCGCCAAUUUCCGUAACAACUCGUCGAUCAAUGUCAAUCAAUCCGAUACCAGAUCUCCAUCUCCAUUUGAGUGACGCAUCAACACGAUGAUUCCUUUAUUGUGAUAUAAUUACAAAUGGUUAAUGAGUGAUUUAAAUGUGUUCCCGAUAACAUGCGCAAAUGACGAAAGACAAACGCAAGUGGCAGCAGCAGCUUGCAUCGUACGCAAGUUAUCGUGAUCGCAAAACUCAAUAAUUGGAUGGAUAGACUAUGGUCGAUAACUUCCGGCUCGACCAAAAACUCGAAAUCAAGAGCAGCGGUAUUUUUCACAAGGUUUUCAAAAUGGAUAAACGUAAUGAGCAAACUAAAAAUUGACUUUCAUUAUUACGUCUGGAAAUGUAGUGAUAGACUGACAGCGCUAGAAAAAAAUACAUCCUAUGGAUGCAAGGGAAGGAAAGAAAGAGUAGUGGAUUACUAGCACUUUUUUGGCUCACCAAAACACGUGUAUCCAAAAAAGAGGGAAAGAGAGAAAACUCUUUGUUCUGUGUAUGACAUAAGUUGACUGCUUUUUCCUACUCUAUGUAAGAAUAAGAAGGUGUUCAGAAAAAUAAAUUAAAUUGGAAAAUCGUCAAAAAGACUAAACCACCAAGAGGGAUUGUUUUGAGGGAGGCUGACUUGGAUUUAAAAAAUGAUGAAGAAAAUAAAUAAUAACUAGAUGUAUAAUAGAACAUUUUUUUUAAUGUAACUAAUUUAUGGCAAAGAAAGAAAGUAUCGUAAAAUAUCGGUUGCUUGGAGUACUUAUUUUAGUGAACUUGUGUGACUGUUAGUAUCGAAGAAAUUCAAGAUUGAUCAAGACAAGAAUAUUAAAAAAAUAUACAGAUUAUGGGAAACAAAUAGAAUCAUUGUAGUUAACGUUUAUGAUUUGAGAAAUUGAGAAUCGUGCAAAUCUUGCUAUGGAUAAGCUUGAUAAUUCCACAGAAAAACGAUGGUAUACGUUAGCGUCGUUUUGAAAGCUAAAUCUUGAAUGUACAGUAAAUAUUUUGUCCCUUUGUAAGAAGAAAACAGGGCUCGACGGUGGUGUCAAUUUUUUUUUUUUUUUUUUUUAAUUUUGGGGCAGGAGACUUGUAUUGUUAUUUUUACUGACUAGCUAAAAGUGACGAAAACACGCGUUACUUCCAAACAUAGAAAAAUUGUUUGUCUGCUAAAGUCUUAGCUACGAUGCAAUGCCAUUAAAGUUCUGUUAUAUUUUGAAAUUUGUAAAUAGCGCGAUGCCGCAAACGCAAUGUGAUCAAUUCCGAAAUCCGAUCAAAUUUUUAAUUGUGUACCGUCACAACAUGCGUUCAUGUAACUGUGUUCUAAAUAACUGUACAUUAAAAAUUUUAACGGUUUUUAAAACGAAUUUUUGGAACCAAGGUCGAUACUUAUGUCAACUAUAUUAAAAUUAAUUUUUUUACUUUUUGUUUACAUCUAAUUAGUGAGAAAUUCGAAAAAAGACGAUGCGUUAGUUUUAUAUAAUUUUUACAAAUCUAUAUUUAAUUUAUCUAAGACAUUAGCAAUCGAAUAAAAUUAAGUAGUAUUUCUUUUCAAAUUGUACUUUUCUGUUUAUUAAUACUUGCAAUUUGUUUGAAAAAUUCAAAAUAAGUCUUGCAUUGGUCAGUGACGCAAAACAAUGGUCUGAUUUUGUUUAGAAAUUUCUUAUGUGUUAAUGAACUUUAAAAAAAUUAAUAUGUACAUAUUUGAUAAAGUUCUAGGUUGUUUGCAGUUUGCAACAUCAAAUAAUACCAUCAAUAUCUCUGUAGUUUAACAAUUCGCAUAUAAAAUAAAAAAACAGACUGAAAAAUAAUUUGUUACACGUGUGUAUGGUUUUGAAUCUGUUUGUAAUACCUCAAUGUAUCUUUUUUUAUCAAUAAGAAAAUUUUUCAUUAGCAAAGAAGAGCGUCAUCAUUAUGUUUAAUAAAUUCAUGUAAAUAUUUCUGAAUAAAGUAAAGCCACAUUGCAAAAGCUA